AUGGAGCAACCUCCUAGUCAUGCUGAUAGCUCUUUCUUUAUGUUUCAUCAUCAUUCUAACAUUAUUUAUUUGCUCUUUUAUGUUGAUGACAUUAUCAUUACUGGCAACAAUUCGUCUCUUCUUGACAGUUUCACUCGCAAGCUUAAUUCUGAGUUGGCCACCAAAGAUUUGGGUUCCCUCAGUUAUUUUCUUGGUCUGGAAGCUACCUCCACUACUGAUGGUCUUUUUAUUAGUCAGCUAAAAUAUACAUCGGAUAUCCUUACUCAGACUCAAUUACUUGAUAGCAAGCCCAUUCACACUCCCAUGGUUGUCUCUCACCACCUAACUAGCAAUGGUCCCACUUUCUCGGACCCCACUCUCUACAGAUCUCUUGUUGGUGCUCUCCAAUACUUGACCAUCACACGACCCAACAUUGCUCAUGUUGUCAACUUUGUUAGUCAGUUUCUACAUCCUCCAACUACAAAUCACUUUCUUGUUGUCAAGCGCAUUCUUUGCUAUGUGAAGGGUACUCUUCACUUCAAUCUUACUUUUCAUCCUUCUACUGCCUCUGGUGCUCUAGUUGCUUACUUUGAUGCUGACUAG